CCACACAGUUGAUUUAAGAGACCGAGGGAGUUUGUCAAGAGAGGAGAUGAAACUGAGGGACGCCGAUGAGCCAUCCGAAGAGUAUCACAAACUCAAGUAAUAUUCAGUUAUUUCUGUCGCACCCGUGCCAUUCUCCGUAGGUAACUGUGGACUUUGGAUACAGCAGGUCUCUUUAACCAGCGGCGCCUGCGAGAAAGCACCAGCCAAAAUGUCAGACGCAGAGAAGUUCCUCUAUGCUGACCGCAACACCAUCAAUGACCCCUUGGCCCAGGCUGACUGGUCAUCAAAAAAGCUGGUCUGGGUUCCCUCUGAGAGACUUGGCUUUGAGGCUGGCUCCGUCAAAGAGGAGACCGGAGAUGAGUGUCUCGUGGAGCUUGUCGACUCGGGCAAGAAGAUCAAGGUGAAUAAAGAUGAUAUCCAGAAGAUGAACCCACCCAAAUUCAGCAAGGUGGAGGAUAUGGCGGAGCUCACCUGCCUGAACGAAGCCUCUGUGUUACACAACCUGAGGGAGAGAUACUACUCGGGCCUCAUCUAUACGUACUCUGGGCUGUUCUGUGUGGUGAUAAACCCAUAUAAGCAUCUGCCCAUCUACACAGAGGAGAUUGUAGAGAUGUACAAGGGCAAGAAGAGGCAUGAAAUGCCCCCUCAUAUCUAUGCCAUUACAGACACCGCUUACAGGAGCAUGAUGCAGGAUCGAGAGGAUCAGUCUAUAUUGUGCACAGGUGAAUCAGGUGCAGGAAAAACUGAAAACACCAAAAAAGUCAUUCAAUAUCUUGCAUUCGUGGCAUCAUCCAAAAGCAAGAAAGAUCAAGGAGGCGUCACCCUGUCACAUGGGGAGUUGGAGAAACAGUUGCUUCAGGCUAACCCAAUUCUGGAGGCCUUUGGCAAUGCCAAGACAGUGAAGAAUGACAAUUCCUCUCGAUUCGGAAAGUUUAUCAGGAUUAACUUUGAUGUAAAUGGUUACAUUGUCGGAGCCAACAUUGAAACGUAUCUUUUGGAGAAAUCUCGUGCCAUCAGACAGGCCAAAGAUGAGCGGACCUUUCAUAUCUUCUAUUACUUGCUGUCAGGGGCAGGAGACAAGUUACGCUCUGAGCUAUGUUUGGAAGACUACAGUAAGUACCGUUUCUUGGUAAAUGGAAAUGUCACCAUCCCAGGACAACAGGAUAGAGAGCUUUUUGCAGAAACCAUAGAUGCCUUCAGGAUUAUGGGCAUACCUGAUGAUGAGCAGACAGGUCUGUUAAAGGUGGUGUCUGCUGUGCUACAGCUGGGAAACAUGAGUUUUAAAAAGGAACGCAACAACGACCAGGCCUCCAUGCCUGAUGACACGGCUGCACAGAAGGUGAGCCACCUCAUGGGCAUGAACGUAACUGAUUUCACCCGUGCCAUACUCACGCCGCGCAUAAAAGUGGGUCGUGAUUACGUUCAGAAGGCUCAGACUCAGGAACAGGCUGAGUUUGCUGUGGAGGCUCUGGCCAAAGCCACGUAUGAGCGACUCUUCCGCUGGCUGGUUAUGCGCAUCAACAAAGCUUUAGACAAGACCAAGCGUCAGGGAGCUUCUUUCAUUGGAAUCUUGGAUAUCGCUGGAUUUGAGAUCUUUGAGUUGAACUCAUUUGAACAGCUCUGCAUCAACUACACCAACGAGAAGCUCCAGCAGCUGUUCAACCACACCAUGUUCGUCCUGGAGCAGGAGGAAUACCAACGUGAAGGCAUCGAGUGGAGCUUCAUCGACUUUGGUCUUGACCUGCAGCCGUGUAUUGAACUCAUUGAGAAAACUACUGGUCCUCCAGGAAUCUUGGCUCUGUUGGAUGAGGAGUGCUGGUUUCCCAAAGCCACAGAUAAAUCAUUUGUGGAGAAGGUUGUUCAGGAACUCGGCAACAACCCCAAAUUCCAAAAACCCAAGAAGCUCAAAGAUGAUGCUGACUUCUGUGUUAUUCACUAUGCUGGCAAAGUCGAUUACAAAGCAAAUGAAUGGCUAAUGAAAAAUAUGGACCCUCUGAACGACAACGUGGCCUCUCUGCUCAACCAAUCAACAGACAAAUUUGUGUCUGAACUCUGGAAAGAUGUUGACAGAAUCGUGGGAUUGGAUAAAGUGGCCGGAAUGGCUGAAUCCAUGCACGGAGCCGUCAAGACCCGUAAGGGAAUGUUCCGUACUGUAGGACAACUGUACAAGGAGCAGCUGACCAAUCUAAUGACCACCCUGAGAAACACAAACCCUAACUUUGUCCGAUGCAUCAUUCCCAACCACGAGAAAAAGGCUGGUAAAUUGGCACACAACCUGGUUCUAGAUCAGCUGAAGUGUAACGGAGUACUAGAAGGAAUUCGAAUUUGUAGACAAGGGUUCCCCAACCGCAUUGUCUUCCAGGAGUUCAGACAAAGAUAUGAGAUCCUUACACCAAAUGCAAUCCCUAAGGGCUUUAUGGAUGGAAAGCAGGCCUGUGUUCGCAUGAUUAAGGCCCUGGAACUGGAUGCUAACUUGUACCGUAUAGGUCAGAGUAAGGUGUUCUUCAGGGCUGGAGUUCUUGCUCACCUGGAAGAGGAGAGGGACAUGAAGAUCACCGACGUUAUCAUCACGUUCCAGGCCUGGUGCCGAGGAUAUGUUGCUAGGAGAGCCUUUGCCAAGAGACAACAGCAGUUGACAGCCAUGCGUGUAAUCCAGAGAAACUGCGCUGCUUACCUAAAACUCAGGAACUGGCAUUGGUGGAGACUCUUUACCAAGGUGAAGCCUUUGCUGCAGGUGACCAGACAGGAAGAGGAGAUGAUUGCUAAAGAGGAAGAGUUGGUCAAGAUGAAAGAGUUCCAGCUGCAAGCUGAGGAGCAGCUAAAAGAGUUUCAGGCCAAACAGCUGCAGUUGAAUGCAGAGAAGUCAGCACUACAGGAGCAAUUGCAGGCUGAGACUGAGCUGUGUCAGGAAGCUGAAGAAAUGAGGGCUCGUCUGUCUGCACGUCAGCAGGAGCUGGAGGAGAUCCUUCAUGACCUGGAGUCACGCCUUGAGGAAGAGGAGGAGAGAGUCGCACAGUUUCAGACAGAGAGGAAAAAGAUGCAACAGAACAUUACGGAUCUGGAGCAGCAGCUGGAUGAGGAAGAGGCUGCCAGACAAAAGCUGCAGCUGGAGAAGGUCACCACGGACUCCAAGCUAAAGAAGAUAGAGGAGGACCUCAUGCUGCUUGAUGACCAGAAUGUCAAACUUUCCAAGGAGAAGAAACAGCUGGAGGAGAGAAUCGCAGAGUUCACCUCAAACCUGGCUGAGGAGGAGGAAAAAUCCAAGAGUUUGCAGAAACUCAAGAAUAAACAUGAGGCCAUGAUUACUGAUCUGGAGGAUCGUCUGAGGAAAGAGGAGAAGCUCAGACAGGAGCUAGAGAAGAACAGGAGGAAGCUGGAGGGUGACUCAUCGGAGCUGCAUGAUCAGAUUGCAGAGCUACAGGCUCAAAUCGCAGAGCUUCGUGCUCAACUGGCUAAGAAAGAGGAAGAACUCCAGGCUGCACUGGCGAGGAUUGAGGAGGAAGCUGCGCUGAAGAAUGCUGCCCAGAAGAACAUUCGUGAGCUGGAGGCCCAGAUGUCAGAGCUGCAAGAAGACCUUGAGCUGGAAAAGGCUGCUCGCGCCAAAGCUGAAAAACAUCGCAGGGAUCUGGGAGAAGAGCUAGAGGCUCUAAAGACUGAGCUUGAAGACACACUGGACUCUACAGCAGCCCAACAAGAGCUCAGGACAAAGAGAGAGACUGAAGUAGCUCAACUGAAGAAGACCUUGGAAGAGGAGGCUCGUUCACAUGAACAGCUCUUGGCUGAAGUGCGACAGAAGCACAACCAGGCCUUUGAGGAGCUCAAUGAACAGCUAGAGCAGUCCAAAAGGAAUAAAGCAUCGGUGGAUAAAGCUAAACAGGCACUGGAGAGUGAACGCAAUGAACUUCAGAUUGAACUUAAGUCACUGACGCAAAGUAAAAAUGAUUCAGAUAACCGAAGAAAGAAAGCAGAAGCUCAGGUCCAGGAGCUACAGCUCAAACACGGAGAGAGUGAGAAACAGCGAAUGGAGUUGGUUGAUAAAGUGACCAAGAUGCAGGUGGAGAUGGAUGCACUCCACAGCACCUUGAGCAAGGUGGAAAGCAAAUCCAUUAAAGCAGCAAAAGACUGUUCUUCUGUCGAGUCUCAACUCAAAGACACUCAGGCGUUGUUGGAGGAGGAGACCAAGCAGAAGCUUGCGCUCUCUACCCGACUUCGACUGCUAGAGGAUGAACAGAACAACCUGAAGGAGAUGCUGGAGGAGGAAGAGGAGAGCAAGAAGAAUGUUGAGAAGCAACUCCAAACCGCUCAAGCUCAGUUGGCAGAGAUGAAGAAAAAGGUGGAGCAGGAGGCCCAGACCUUGGAGAGCGUGGAGGAAGGGAAGAAGAAAUUGCAGAGAGAGGUGGAAAACAUCAUGCAACAGUUGGAGGAGAGAAAUGCAAGCUUUGACAAACUGGACAAGACCAAGACACGUCUGCAGCGGGAGCUAGAUGAUGUCCUGGUAGACCAGGCUCACCUCCGACAGACUGUUCAGGAACUAGAACGCAAACAGAAGAAGUUUGACCAGAUGCUUGCAGAGGAAAAGAACAUCUCAACGAAGUAUGCUGAGGAAAGGGAUCGUGCUGAAGCGGAGGCCCGAGAGAAGGAGACCAAAGCCCUGACUCUGGCACGUGAGCUGGAGGCCAUGACCGACCUGAAGGAUGAGCUUGAGCGGGCCAACAAGCAGUUCAAAGCAGAGAUGGAGGACCUGAUGUCAUCCAAGGAUGAUGUUGGCAAGAGUGUACAUGAGCUUGAGAGGGCCAAGCGUGGAAUGGAACAGCAGUUGGAGGAGAUGAAGACACAGAUUGAAGAACUAGAGGAUGAACUGCAGCUCACAGAGGACGCUAAGCUGCGUCUGGAGGUGAACUUGCAGGCCAUGAAGGCCCAGUUUGAGCGAGAUCUUCAAGGCAGAGAUGAGCAGGGUGAGGAGAAACGGAAGCAGCUAGUCAAACAGGUGCGUGAGAUGGAGAUGGAGCUUGAAGACGAGAAGAAACAGCGGGCCCAGGCUGUAUCUGUGCGUAAGAAACUUGAGCUGGACCUCUCAGAAUUGGCUGCUCAGAUCGACUCAGCCAACAAGGCUCGAGAUGAAGCUCUCAAACAGCUUAAGAAACUACAGAUCCAGGUGAAAGACCAGAUGAGAGAAUUCGAAGAGCUGCGUCUGUCCAGAGACGAGGCUCUUAACCAGGCCAAAGAAAAUGAGCGCAAGAUCAAGAGCAUGGAAGCCGAGAUCAUGCAGCUACAUGAGGACGUUGCUUCUGGUGAUAGAGCAAAGAGACAAAUCCAGCAGGAAAGAGACGAGCUACAGGAUGAGAUCAACAGCCAGAAUGCCAAGAACUCACUAAGCAGCGACGAGAGGAGACGAUUGGAGGCACGUAUCGCUCAGCUUGAGGAGGAAGUUGAGGAAGAACAUCUCAGCAUUGAAAUGAUCAGUGAUCGACUUAAGAAAGCAACGUUGCAGGCUGAGCAAGUUACCGUGGAGCUGUCUGCAGAGCGUGCUAACGGACAGCGUCUGGAGGGCUUGCGCUCCCAGCUGGACCGCCAGAACAAGGAAUUAAAGCAGAAACUUCAGGAUCUGGAAGGAGCUGUGAAGAGCAAAUACAAGUCCACCAUUGCCGCCCUGGAAACCAAGGUCGCCCAGCUCGAAGAGCAACUGGACAUUGAGAUGAAAGAGAGGCAACAGUCCACUAAACAGGUGCGUCGUGUCGAGAAGAAACUGAAAGAGGUCGUGCUGCAGGUCGAGGAUGAGAGACGCAACUCUGACCAGCACAAAAAUGAGAAUGAGAAGCUGAACACUCGCUUGAAGCAGUUGAAGAGGCAGCUGGAGGAGGCUGAGGAGGAGGCCACUCGAGCAAACGCCCACCGUAGGAAACUACAGCGAGAGCUGGAAGAUGUCACCGAAUCUGCAGAUGCUAUGAACCGAGAGGUCAGCUCCCUGAAGACCAAACUUAGACGUGGAGAUUUAAACGUCAACAUACGACGCACAGGUGGACGAUCUUGCUUGGACAGUGAGGAGGAGAUGGACCAGAAGAGUGAGGUGUCAGACACGACUCCUGAGUAAUUUACUCCGUCCCAGAUAACUGUUUGGUUGCAUACAGGAAAGCUGUGCCUAUAGUUAUAUAUUACUCUUUGAGGACCUAUUAUAUGCCGUCAUGCUUAUUUCUGGUCAAGUGUUUUGUAUGCUUUUGAGGGCAAUUGUAGCCUAAUGGUGUUUUCACUGCAAUUUUCAAAUAUUUUAAAGGAGAUUGUGAGCUCAACUUUACUAGUACCGAAAAUUUGAUAUGAAUUGAGAUGCAAGCUUUAUCAUUCUUAUGAAACCAGUUGAGAUGGCCGAAUCUGUCUGCUGCGAUGACAACUGCCUUUAAGAAAUUGAAUACAUACUGGCUAUUAAAAUGUUACUUGAGGACAAAUUGAUUUCCAGUUUCGAAGUAAAAUGUCAGAAGGUUUUUAUAAUGGGAAAGGUUAACCUUUGCCAAUUACCUUGCCAAAAAUAUUAUCAGCCAAAGAGAGAUUGUUAAAGUUUUUUUCUACAUUUUAAGAGCACUUCAGCACCAUUUAUGCCUUUUUAUAGUUCACCUUUCAUCAAGACCACUCGGUUGGAAAGUUUGUUUGCCUUAAGUUCAUAAAAUACUGCAGAUGUUUUGCUAAAGUUGUCACUCAGGAAAUCUUUAAAUCACUUAUUAUUGCAAACACUGUGUUCUUCUUUUAGCUUCUAAAAUGUAUAAAUCUAUGAUGUUCACACUUUUAAGGGGUGGGGUUCAGUAAAAGCGCUUGGCUUGUAUUUAACCUUUAACGUUUGCUACUUGACAAUGUAUUAAUCAUGCUUUUUCUUCGCGCUUGUAACAUCCUGCAUAUUGAAAUCGUCUCCAAUGUUUUUCAGUGCAAUGUGUCUUGUGUAUUUGGUCUGACUGAAAUGUUUUUCCUCUCACAUGUGGUUUCAUUGCAUCAGAAUAUUAAAGGUUUGUCUUUUGUACCCUCAA